GUCUGCCGGUACUAGCUGAAGGUCACUAAAUACAAAGGCUCUCAGCGCUGCGGUCCAAUAUAGCGCAUGCGCCCUGCCCGAGGACUGACGGAGAGACUGCAAUAUGGCGAGAAUGCCUGGCAGCGGAGAUAGCUAUGCAGACACAGAGAGGACAGAAAAUGAUCAAAAUAGUUACCUGUCGAGGAGCGACGAUGAGGAUGAUGAGAUCCAGGAAAUCCAGAUAACGGGGGACGAGGAGGAUGAAGAGGAGGAUAUCGGGCUGGAAUGGGAGGCAGGGAGUGAGGACCCUGAGAAUUGUUGUAUUAUGGAAAGGGAAGUGGUCCUUAUGCAGAGUACGGACCAGGGGAGUGAGUUGGACUCGUUUCACAUCUCUGGACUGGACUCGCACCUGGGAUCAGAUCUGCAGCGCUCAGACCGAUCCAGGCUCAGCGAAAACACUCGUUUAGCCACCAGGUAUGCGGUAAGGAUCUUCCGGGAAUACCUGAGUGAGAAAUCACAAAGUCCCGACUUCGAGAAUAUGGACAAGGAAGCGCUGUGCAAGGUGCUGAGGUCUUUCUAUGCAGAGGCACGCUCAAAAAGUGGGCAAUUAUAUAGCAAGUCUUCUCUGAUCAGUAUUAGGAGCUCCUUGAACAGGUACCUGAAUGAGCCGCCUUACUGUCGCACUUUGGAUCUGACUAAAGACCCCGAGCUCAGAAGUGCUAACCUGACCCUGGCAGCGGUGAUCCGAAAGCUUGAAGAGCAAGGCGCAGGUCCUGUUGUGCAGAAGCAAGCAAUCACUCGAGCUGACUUAAGAAAACUGUACACCUCCAGUGUGUUUAACACAAGCACGCCUUUCGGCUUGCUCAACAAAGUGUGGUUUGAAACAUGCAUGUAUUUCUGCACCAGAGGCAGAGAGAAUCAGAGAGAGUUAGAAGAGGACUCUUUCGGCUUGGCAAUAGAUGAGGAUGGCAGAAAGUUUGUGUACUUUAAAGCACUCGGGCCCUACCAUAAAUCCAGGUCGGCGUCUUGGACUAAAAAAAGAACGGACUCUGAUGAGGAUAACUUACCUCGCAUGUACGAAACUGGAACGGAGUUCUGCCCUUAUGCCAGUUUUGUGAAAUACAUUUCCAAGCGGAACCCUCUUUGCAAGGCUUUCUUUCAGAGGCCGAGGGAUCAUUGCAGUGAGAGCGACAUGAAUUGGUAUGAAAACAAAGCGAUUGGCAAAAACCUGCUGGGGACCAGGAUGCAGAUGUUAUCCAGGGCUGCCAAGCUGUCAAAGACUUAUACCAACCACUGCAUCGGCGCUGUGUCUAUCGCAACUCUAAACAGCAUAGCUGGCAUUGGGACGAAAUUAACGUCUUAUGAAAUUGCUCCGGAGACGGUCAUUGGCACCCAGUAUAAUUUCCAACUGGUGGACCCGUUUGUGCAGCAGGUUGAGGUUGGCAAGGUAGAAAUUAAACCAACCGCAGCUCCCAAGCGGACACUGCAUGAGACCGGCUACCCCGCUGAAGUGACUGGCCGGUCCUCUCCCAAAAGGCUAUGUAUGAGCCGUACUGAGCAGCACGUGGACACGCCUGCUGUGAUUUCAGCGAGAGCUGACACACAACCUGCUCCUGCUGUUCCCCCCGAGUCCAAUGGGCAGACGGGGACACCCUCGCCAGCCAUUGUACUACCUGUGCAGGAUAACCGAGCCAAUAUGUCCAGACCCAUGAUAACCAGGUCUCCUGCAUCUCCUUUGAACAACCAGGGUAUUCCAACAUCUGCACAGCUUACCAAGUCCAAUGCACCAGUACAUAUUGACGUGGGCGGCCACAUGUACACCAGCAGCCUGGCAACACUCACAAAGUACCCAGAGUCCAGAAUUGGCCGGCUCUUCGAUGGCACUGAGCCGAUUGUCCUGGACAGCCUGAAACAACACUACUUCAUUGACAGAGAUGGGCACAUGUUCAGAUACAUUUUAAAUUUCCUCAGAACCUCCAAACUUCUUAUUCCUGAUGAUUUUAAAGACUACAGCCUCCUGUAUGAAGAGGCGCGUUACUUCCAGCUGCAGCCCAUGUUGGCAGAGCUGGAGCGCUGGAAGCAGGACCGGGAGUUGGGGCGUUUCUCCCGCCCCUGCGAGUGCCUGGUAGUGCGGGUGGCGCCAGACCUGGGCGAGAGAAUCACUCUGAGCGGAGACAAGUCCCUCAUUGAGGAGGUCUUCCCAGAGAUCGGUGACGUCAUGUGCAACUCUGUCAACGCUGGCUGGAACCACGACUCCACACAUGUCAUACGCUUCCCGCUCAAUGGCUACUGCCACCUCAACUCUGUGCAGGUUCUGGAGAGGCUGCAGCAGAGAGGUUUCGAGAUUGUGGGGUCCUGUGGCGGGGGAGUGGACUCCUCGCAGUUUAGCGAAUAUGUUCUGCGGAGGGAAAUCAGAAGGGCACAGCGAGGCCCCUCUGUCAUCCGGAUAAAACAGGAGCCUCUGGACUAAACAGAAAAAAACAAACAUGCUCAGCUUCAAAGAGCAUGAGACAGUUCCCAAGCAGCCAAUACUGAACGUAAAGCGGGCUCCUGUCCUUUUUUUUGUUUUGUUUUAAUUUGCAGACUCUGCUUGAAAUAGGAGAACUGCUGAAAACAGGCAUUUCUUAUCAAACGACAUUUGUGGAACAUCUCAUGAAAUUCUGAAUCUUCUGAAGUUUUGGGAUUAAGAGCUCAUCAUGGCAUGCCCUUGAAUUAUAAAUACUCCAGUAUUUAAAAAGAAAAAAAAAAAGUUUGUUUUAAAACUUUGAUAUAAAUAAAAUUCUAAUUGGGCAUCUUACAUAAAUCACACUGCAAGCAUUGGAGCACAAUCAGAACAUACUGUUGGUAUGUGUACAGUCCAAAUAAAUGCAUUUUCCAUUUUGACUGCAUUACUUUGGUGUGUUUUGUGACCACUAAAACACGUUGCCAGCAAAAUUAAACUUGCUAUGGACACCUUAUCUGGGAAAACUAGGAUCUUCAUUUCUUGGGGAGCAAAGCAGUUUUAUAUUGUAAUUUUACUGGGCAAAAAAUAAAUUCUUAAUUUACAAGUUUGAGACCACAAAUAAAAUUGAUUAGGCUUGUAAUACUGAAGAGGGAACUGAAUGUCUGAGAUUUAAGAAAGCUAUGUAGAUACAUCAAAUAAAUUAACGUAUAUUUGUACGGAGUACUGUAUAUGUAAUGCAAGGUUAUUCUACUUAGUGCUGAAAGGACAUUUCUUGCAUACAAUUUGUAACUUCCUUAAAAUGGUUGUGGAUAAAGUAAUUCCAGUACCUUACCUGACCUACACUUCCAUUUGAUUUCUAUAGUUUUGAAAGAAACAUGAGUUCUAGUAAACAGUUAUUUCCAUUUUAAAACAUGAUAUCUGAUACUACAAUUGAAGUCCUUGAUGGUCAUUUCACCUGGAGAGUGAAUUUUAGAGCCACUUCCCAUCAUUAAUCCCUAUUGCUUUGCCGCCAAUAACAUGCUUUAAUGUUGAAGACAUUGCUAAGGUGAAAUGGCCUAGGAAGUGAAAGAGUAACAGACUUCCUUGAAGUAUGGCAGGCAGUUCUCUUUAACCUAGUACCACAUGUUUUAAAAUGAAAAUUCAAGUUUGCUGUAAAAUAUGUUUCCUUUAAGACUGGACAUUUGACAGUUGCCAAAUAGAAGCGCAUGACAGAUCGUUGCAUUAACCCUUCGACUCAUUUAGUGGGAGAAUUCUCAGUACACAAUGAAGAUUCAUUAGAUAACCUCAAUUUAUUUUGUUAGUUGCAACCACUUUAAUCCUCAAUAAUAUAUCAAACAAUAUAAGCAGCACCUGAUCAAUGUGUAAAGUAUUUCAGAUGCAGAUUUCCUAUACAGCCACAGAGAACUUGUUAAUUUGUAAAGCAGAAUAAUUUGACUCUGUUUUAAUAAACAGUGUUAUAAACAUAGUUUUACAUGAUACAUUUAUUUGUAACUACAUUUGUAUAAUGCAGUGCAUAGUCUUUGGGGGGGGGGGGGGUUCACCAGAACAUUAUUUUAUGUUUUUUCUUUGUCUUUUCAUAUAAUGUGCCAUUUAUCCAUUUAAUUUACAGUACUAAAAAUACACAGUUCGACAAGAUAGUGCUAAAUAUGGUCACUGUUAGUGAGGAACUUUCUGGAAUAAUAAGUUUGUUACAUCUGCUUCUAUAAGCUAAUAGGAGGUAGUGACUGAGAAUUGAACCCGUUCAAGUUUAGAGACCUGCUGUUGUGCUGGAAGAGCUGGACUUAGUCGACCACUGAAGUUCUAAUAUAUUCAUUUAACUGAACAGAUGUUCUUCAGAAGUAAUUUAUAUUUUGAUGGCCUGAGAGUUCUAGUUUGUUUACCCAAAAUGAAACUGUUUCCUGCAUUCCAAUACUGUGGCAUUCAUUGCAUUGAAGUGGUUGUAACUAACAAAAAGUAUUCAUUAGUUUUAAUAUGCACUUCCAUUUGCUAUUUUGUUCCCAAAUGUGCAGAUUUAAUUUAGAAACAUUGUUUUAGCUAAUAUUAGUCCUUUUAAAAUAUCUGAUAUUACUAUAGAUUAAAUAAGAAAUCCUUUCUUUCAUGAUGUUUUGCAGACUUAGUUGUUUCACCUGCAGAGUGAAAUUGUCCCCACCCCUUCAAUGCUUUAUUUGUAUUUAUUUGUUUUUGUCUGAAAUGCUUUGCAGCCACUGAGAAGCUUUGCCCCCAAAGACACUGCUGAAGUUAAAUGACCUAGUAAGAGAAACUGUCCAAAACUAAGUGAACAUAUAAUGUUUUAAAAUGUUUAUAUGUAUAGUAAAUGGAAGUACAAGGCAGGUAAGAUUUAUAGAAUUUUUUUUUUUUUGUUAGCUACGGCCACUUUAAAUAUUUUACUUAUUUCUGGUUCAAUCCUUUAUUAUUAACGCCCUCAGACGUUCCCUUUUUCAAAUUCACAAAGCAUCUCUCAAAAAAGAAAUCUUUAAUAUUUUUUUGACAUGCCUACUCCAUCAUGUUUGAAUAUCUAUAAAGCAAUGCUGUGGAAAAAUGAAUGUCCCAGGUACUGUACAUACAAAUGAGCUGUCUCUCAAUGGACUUGUCUGCAAUUCGUGGGAUUCAUUGAGUAUCUGGUUCUGGGAGGUUGGCCCCUUAAUUUUUAAUCAGAAUCAGUGCUAAUAUGUAUUAAAAUCUUUUUUAUUAUUAUUAUUAUGCAGAUCGUUAGAAGCAUGUUUAUUUGGUAAGUUUCACAAAACAAAAGAAGGAAAUUGUAUAUUGUAUUUUGCCAAGUGAACACCCUGUGAGAUGAGCACAACCAUUCAGGACGCUUUGUAUGAACUUCAAAAAUCUGUAGCGGUUAUUAAUUCUGUAAUAGUCACUACAUAUUCUUAAUAAAUGAAUGCAUAUAAUUAAA